AUGGCAGAAGUCGCUGGGUUGGUCUUGUCAGGUAUUGGAUUAAUUGCGCUAAAAGACACUGUCACCGAAUGUUUCAGUAACGUUGACGAUUUCAAAAGUUUCGGAUCCGAUUACAGCCAUUACGUUCUGCAGCUUGACCUUGCUCGCUUGGCCUACGAACGAUGGUUGAGAAGCGUGAAGUUCUGCGAACCGAACGAUCUGAGCGCCACAAGCCUGCCUACAGCGACAGGGGAAGAAACCGAGAUUGUAGCGAGACUACUUGGUCAGAUCGAACUAGCUUUCAGGGAUGCCCGAAGCAAGAACAAGAGAUACGCAUCAACCAAGCUGGAACCACGCGGGUUAGAGACCUUCCAGUUCAGCGGAGAGGAUAUGCAAGUCUUGGCAGACAAGGCUCGAGAGAGAUCCAUAAUGCACCACAAGACUAUCAAGACCCUGACCAAAGUGCGUUGGGUCAUGAACGACGCAAGAACAGUUCGGCAGCUGUCUGAACGAGUGUCCAACGACGUCAACAGUCUUGUGGAGCUGUUUCCUUGCAUCACCAGAGAAAGCGAGCAGGCCCAAGCUACUGGAUCUGCUUCGAUGCCUUCCAGUAUACACCCGCGAUCACCUGCCGCAACGUCGGUCCAGCGUCCAGGUACCGGUACGGCCACCUUCUCCCACGUUUAUGAGGAGAACAAGGUCAGUGGAUUUGCCAGGGUUCUUUACGGCGAUCAGAUAGCACAGGGGAUGCAAGCCACAAAUCCCGGGAGCCGAUACGUAGAAAAUGAGGCGACGGAUUAUGCCAAAGCAGUCUACGGCAACCAGUAUGGCAUGGGAAACUUUCUCGACGGCUGA